GUUCCAUGAUCACCGUAUACUGUUUGGCUUCGACUGAUUAGAAUUAAUCUUAGUUUAAGAAUAGCUCAUCAUCGCCUAUAUAAAGGAUGUCAAUUCUCAGCUUAGCAUUCGGUCCAUCUGGUCUCUCUGUUUACUCGGUCGCAGCAUCCUGACGAUGCACCUCUCCGCCGCUUUGCUGUCAGUGGCGCUUCCACUUGCACUUCGAGUUACAGUCAACGCCUGCAGUGACGAACACGCUCACGACCAUAACCAUGCACACCAGAAAAGGCUGUUUCCUCAAACACAGUUGACGAAACCUACAAGGCCUUUGGAGUGGGGAGAGUUGAAUAUCAUCCAUACCACAGAUACGCAUGGCUGGCUUCUUGGACACCAACAUGCUUCAUUCCCGGAACCCAAUUACAGUGGAGAUCUCGGCGACUUUGCUAGCUUCGUGCAGCACAUGAAGCAGCUUGCUAUUGAGAAAGACGUUGAUUUGCUUCUUGUCGACUCGGGUGACCUUCAUGAUGGAACAGGCCUAUCUGAUGGAUUUCCAGCAGGAGGAAUCGACGCCCAUGAUGCUAAUCAAUUCAUUAAACAACUUCCAUACGACAUCAUGGCUAUUGGAAACCACGAACUCUACGACUAUAUCAAUACUUGGGACAUGUACACUAAUUUCGUGCCCGCGUUAGAUGGGAAAUACCUCUCUUCUAAUGUCAACAUUACUGUUUUUGACGCUAAUAACAACACCAUUGACGUUCCCGUUGGCAAUCGAUUCCGUAAAUUUACCACAAGGAAGGGAAGGAAGAUCACCUCUUUGGGAGUGCUGUAUGAUUUCACGGGCAAUGACGUGAAUACAACGGUUCAAAGUGUGGCCGAUAUGGUGAAGGAGCAGUGGUUCGCAGAAGCUAUUGCCGAAGAACCAGAUGUAUUUUUAUUAGUUGGACAUAUGCCUGUCUCACGCGACAAUUGGCCCGCCGUCUUCAAUGCUGUACGUGCCGUGCAUGCAGAGACACCCAUUAUUAUUCUAGGUGGACACAGCCAUAUUCGGGAUUGCAACCAGCCUGACGGUCGCUCGAUGGCUCUGGAGAGCGGACGAUACAUGGAAACUAUCGGUUGGCUCAGCGCGAACCUUGGUAGCAGCUCGGACGUGAAUGCGAAGAACAAUAUUUCGUUCAGCAGGAGGUAUUUAGAUCAAAAUCGCGUUACUUACGAAUAUCAUUCCCAGCAGAGUAACAACUCUUUUGAUACAAGGGAAGGCCAAAACAUCACUCAAGGUCUUCUAGACCUUGGGGUAAAAUAUGAUCUUUCAAUGUUAUUUGGAAUUGCUCCACAGGAUUUCACUAUCUCUCGUGAUCCCUAUCCAUCCAAUGGCUCCUCCCUCACCCUCUUCAUCAAUGAAGCCGCCCCUUAUUCUUUAACUCUGAACAACACCCGCGCCAAUAUCUCCAACAUUAUGAUAACUAACUCCGGUUCACAACGUUUCGAUAUAUACUCUGGUACAUUCGACAAAAAUGACCAAAUUUCGGCUAGUCCAUUCACCGACGCGUUCAUGUUUAUCAAGGACCUACCGCUCGGAGUGGCGCAGGAGGUGUUGCCUGCGUUGAAUGCAGCUGGCGCUGAUGAGAGACGGAAGCGGGAUUUGGGGUCAGUGUUGCAAGAGAGAGAGAGCGAGAUGUGGAAGAGAGGGUAUGUGAAUAUGAGGUAUAUGGAAUGGUUAGAUGAGAUGGAUCGGAGGCAUAAUGGUGCUGUCAAGAGAGCUUCGCAGAAUCUGACACUCGGAUAUGUUACGAGCGACUCUUGUCCUGGCGUAGGCGACGACACUAUUCAUGCUCCACUCGCAUCGUUCGACAUCCCAGAUUUCAUUGGCUCCGAUACGCCAUCUUUAUCAAACGAUAGCCUCGUUGAUCUAGUCUUCGUGGACUUCAUCCAAGAGCAGCUUUUGGAAAUUCUUAAUGAGGUGCAAAAUGCAACGACGUACACAGAUUCUGAUGUAGCGAGCUACACGGAUGUUUUAUCAAAUGCCGUGCUGGGAUUGUACGCUCAACAUGCAUGGAAUUGACUUUCUCGUUAUUUCCAGUGGUUACACUGUAAAUCUGGUGCCACUUUACGAAUAGUAACCUCACUUUGUGAAUGCUCGUGAAAGUCUUCGGCUUAUACUAUUUCAUCCGAAAUUCUUUUUUCGCUCGAGCAGGCCCGGUCAUCGAAGUUGUCGUUGCUGCAGUUUAGAGUUUGGCACCCUCAUGGAUGACGUGAAGCUUCUUGGCCCUAAAUCUUCUGUUGGUACUAUGUAGCUGCUACCAGCGAGAUAUACCGACAUUGCCGACCGAUAUUUGCCCUCUUUGGCACAACUCUGAACUCUUCACAUCCUCCCAUCUUUCCACGCAUUCGUCCGUCAGGUGGAACCUUCGGCCCUAUAUGGUACAGCAAAUGCAUCUGGUUAUUCUAAUCGUUUGGUCGAUGAUCCUGAAGUACUAACUUU